AUGAGCUGCAAUGUUGCUGAUGAUUCGAACAUAACGGAUGGUUGUGAAUCCUUGGAUGAUGAAACACCAGUUAAUACUUCCAUGAAAGAAAAUACACAAUUUAUAUCUUCAAAUAUUUCGACUGAUGCUUCUAAUAAUACUGGGGAAUCAGUUAAACGUUCAGCUAGUCAGCAAAACAAAAAAUUUUCGAAACGACAACGUCUUUGA